AUGAUACAGCGGCGGGGCCCCGCCAAAAACUUGAAUAUGGACCAGGAGUCAUACCGCUUCGUCGAAGGCGUUUGGAUGCACAAGUACUUUCGGGACGAAGCCAUCCGCUCCGCGAUCAGAUACAAGCCUCGUGAAGGAGAUAUUGUUGUCGUCAUGUACGGUGACUACUUUGACCAUCUCUUGCCCUGGUAUGAACGGAGAAAUGACGCCAAUGUCCUUUUCCUCACCUACGAGGAACUGAGGGCGGACACCAGAGGGCAGGUUCUCCAAAUCGCCGACUUUCUGGGUAAACACCACGCCGCCGCUCUUCGUGAAGACAACAAUAUACUUCAGGAAGUGCUGACCACUUGCAGUCUGCAAAACAUGAAGGCCUUCUUCAGCGAAGAGCCCCUGAAGAUGUUCAAGGAAUUAGCGGAAAAGGCAUCGGAGAAUUUUGCUUGCGCAGAAUUGUUGAAGAACCUCCCAACCGAGACAGCCGAAAUGCAUGAACCGAUUGGGUUUGUGCGCAAGGGAACUGUGGGCGACUGGAGAAACCACUUCACACCUGAGCAGAUAAACCAAAUGAAAGAGUGGAUAGCGAUGAAAACACGGGGAUGUGACGUAAUGACGCUCUGGAAUAACUGCGACCUUCCAUAG